AUGUCUCAGUAUGAACACAACUCACUAUGGUGGCCCGAAGAGCGUAUCAAAUCUACCCUCGACGCAAAGUACAUCGUCGGUCGUCUGCGACCAGAGAAUGUUCCCCGUCUCUUUGAAUUACCGGACUGGGGUGAAGGUUUAACCAGUGAGACGUACAUGGAAUGGAUUCUCACCAAAGCCGGCCGUGUUUUCAUGAUCCUUGAUGCUAUCGGCAUUCCCGAUCGGAUAUUCGCGCUAGUCGACGAAUCCUGUGACGAUGAUGAUCUACCCGUCGCGGAACAUAGCAUCGAUUUACUACAUUUAUCCCCCGAUGGAGAAGAUCUGGCUCUCGAGGCGAGUUUCUUUCAUGCGCAAUGGCGCUUCUUGGUCCGUGGGAUAGAUGAGGGAGACCAUGUCGUCUAUACCGAGAAUGAGGGCGUUCCGGUCGAGGCCGUACGCACCAACACCAGCAGCGGAAUACACGGACGUGAUGAUACGGUAGACAGGGUAGUCCUCGCCGGCUCGGUCUGUCGUGUCUACAUGCGAACCCAAGUGCAAGUUGGCGGUGCACCGCAUUUCUUCUCUGCUGAUGAGGUUCUUGAUGAGAUCCGCAACUUGAAAAGGCUGUCACACGAGCAUAUUGUCUCUGUCUUCGCCUCAUAUCUGAAAGACGACAGCGUCUCGGUGCUUUUCACGGGCGCCACAGCAGAUCGAAACCUACACAGUUUCCUGACAGAUGAGCCGAUGUCCUUCAAACGGCUAGAAAAAGAGCAACGUCGUCAGAUCUUGAUCACCUGGCCCCACUGCCUUGCAUCUGCAGUCUCCUGGCUGCAUGCACAUGGCCACUCCCACGGCGCAAUCCGCCCAUCCAACGUCUUCAUCGGCGCAAACUUUGACAUUUGCCUCGGUCAAUUUCAAGCACUCGACUCCCUCCUGACACCACCACAUGUCAACGAUCUUGAGGCGUAUAACUACUCCGCCCCAGAGCGCUGGACGCGUCCUGCAGCUCCCGUCAUCCCGCAAAAGCCAGCACAGCCCUCACAAACACUCCUUCAAUCCGGAGGACGUACAAAGCGCAGACAACGACCAACCCGUCUAGCUCUAGCCCCAUUGAACGAAAGCCCACCGGCAUCUCCAGACGGUACAAGACCAAACUCCGCCGCCUCAAAGGGCACAGUAAUCCGCAUCGGGGGUCUACCAGGUUCACCGACCCGCUUCUCCUUCGCCUUCUCAUCCUCUUCUUCAUCCUCGGAAGCCUCCUCGGCAGCGUCAUCAGCCCGCACAGAUGCCACAGCAACGUCCCCGCAACCAAUGAAGCACCGCAUCACAUCCUUCUGGUCCCGAAGAAACAAAAAUCCCCCCUCAGCCCCAUCAAUAAUCUCAACCUCAACAUCCUCCUCCUCAAACACAUCAACCAUAACCUCCCCAAAUCCCCACCCCUCCCCUUCAUCCGCCCUCUUCCCAAUCCCACCAUCCUCCCUCCGCCACUCCAAAUCCGCUCAAUCCCUAACAUCCUUCACAAGACCCCCAACCUCCCACACCUCACACACCUCACACACCUCCUCUGACCCCCAACCAAACCCCCACACCCCAGCAGACAUCUUCUCCCUCGCAGCAAUAACCCUCGACAUCCUAACAAUCCUACACAAAAGAACCCUCACAUCCUUUAGCACGCACCGCAGCGCCCGGAACCGGUCCGCCGGCCGCGGCGGCGGGAUAGCAGAUGCAUCCUUCCAUCUCGCGCGGAAUGCCGUGCAGGUUCAAUCGUGGAUUGCAUUGCUCGAAGGCGAUGCCUUGAAACGUUGUCGACGGGAUCGACGCUCUGAUCGUGCGUUCUGGGCUGUGCCGAAGAUGUUGAUUGUUGUGCGGUCCAUGCUUGAUUUGGAAGGUGGGAAGAGGCCGCUUGCGAAACGCGUUCGCAGGGGGUUUGCGGAUGCUAUUGCCCGCGGACACGGUGGGGGGGAUAAGGAUGGCAUGCCGGGGUUGCAUUGUGUUAAGGAGAAACGGGGGAAGGAGGGGGCGAUGAAGGGAUCUAAGGAGAAGGAGAAGGAGAAGGAGUGGGGACAGAAACAGGGGAAUGAGGGGUUGGAGGUUAUUCGAGAGACGGGGGUUGGGAGGAGUGCUUUUUCUGUUGUUUCUUCGGCUGCGAUGGGAGUUUCUGAGUCUGACUCGGUUUGCGGGUCGGUUUCGGAGUUUGAUUUUGGGUUUGGGGAUGCUGGAAGUGAGAGUGAGAGUAAUGUUGAGGAGGGGGAAUUUGUUGAUUUUGAGAUUGAGGAAGAUGAUAUUUCGGAGUUUGAAGAGCCGGAGAUACGAGUGGAACAGGUCUCUCCUCAGCUGUAUCUGCCAGAGUUGGAUAUGAACAUUACUGGGAUAGAAGGGUUGACGUUUCAUAAGUAG